AAAAGAUGCUGUAUUAUAAUGGUAAGCGUUGGAGAUUAACAAACCCAAAACGCUAUAAAUAUGUAACACACCUUUCUUGCAAACCAAAACCAAAACCAAACACAAACCAAAACGGCAGACAAAUUCAAAAAAAAAGAAAAGAAAUACUGACACAGAAAACGCACCACCAAACAACGCUCAUCGUACUCUGCUCGGCCUCGACUUCCCGCCGCUCGCACUUUCUCUCUCUAACCAGUAACCCCCCGUCCCUAUCUCUCUAAAAUCUUCCGCUGGAAGAUAUACAGACUUCAAAGCAGGCUACAAGCCUAUAGCGCUUGACCAUUUAAUACAAAUUCAAACCAUUCACACAUUAACACCGUCCUGCAAUAAAGAGCUCUCUCUCUCUCUCUCUCUUGAAAUUGUGUAUGUCCGAAUGUGUCAAAUGGCGGUGUCGAAGAGCAGCAAGAAGAAGCACCAGAGUUACAUUUCGGUGCCGUCUCAGAUAAUCAACUCAAUCUCACAAUCCUCGCUGGAGUCUCUGCUGCAUUCCCCCAAGAAGAAGAAGAAGAGCCGCGCCUCCAAGCUGCGAGUUCUGCUCAACAACCCAAGAUUUCUCAUUUUCUUGAUAUUUUCCAUGUGCUCUCUGUGGAUGCUCAAGAUGUGGGCUAAAUUUGAUCCCAUAAUUCCCUUUCCGCGUAACCCGUGUUUCAUCUCGCGGCGGAGCUCUCUUCUUUCGCGUGGGUUGUUGAGCUCGCAGCUGAGUGUGGAUGGGAGCGAGGAAGAACUCGGUGAGUUUUGGAAGCAGCCUGAUGGAAUGGGGUAUAGGCCGUGUUUGGAUUUCAGCGGAAAUUACACUGCAGCGAGCGGUGGGAUUGUGCAGGAUAGGACUAAGUAUCUGUUGGUGGUGGUUUCCGGCGGAAUGAAUCAGCAACGGAAUCAGAUCGUUGACGCCGUCGUGAUUUCCAGGAUUCUUGGUGCAGCUCUCGUUGUGCCCAUUUUGCAAGUCAAUGUCAUCUGGGGUGAUGAAAGUGAAUUCUCUGAUAUAUUCGAUUUGGAUCAUUUCAAGAGUGUGUUGGGGAGCGAUGUGAGAAUAGUGAACUCACUUCCUUCGACGCAUUUGAUGACGCGGCCGGUGGAGGAGAAGCGGACCCCACUUCACGUCUCGCCGGAGUGGAUCCGCUCACGUUACAUGCGACGGAUUAGGAGGGAUGGUGUGCUGCUGUUGCGUGGUUUGGAUUCGAGGCUUUCGAAGGAUCUUCCUUCCGAUCUUCAGAAGCUUCGAUGCAAGGUUGCAUUUCAUGCGUUGAGAUUUGCCCCUCAUAUCAUGGAAGUUGGCAACAAGCUUUCGGAGAGGAUGAGGAGCAAGGGGCCUUAUGUAGCCCUCCAUCUGAGAAUGGAAAAGGAUGUGUGGGUGAGGACGGGAUGCCUUCCCGGCCUCGGUCCUGAUUAUGACGAGAUGAUCAGUAACGAGAGGAAGGCGCGUCCCAAGCUCUUGACCUCGAGAUCCAACAUGACCUACAAUCAAAGGAAACUUGCUGGGCUGUGCCCUUUAAAUGCCUUGGAGGUUGUAAGGUUGCUCAAAGCUUUGGGAGCUCCUAAAAGUGCAAGAAUCUAUUGGGCAGGAGGGAUUCCUUUAGGAGGGAAAGACACCCUGCUUCCAUUUAGGAGUGAGUUUCCUCACUUCUACAACAAAGAAGACCUCGCCUUGCAAGGGGAGCUCGAGCCAUUUGCAAGGCGAGCUUCCUUGAUGGCCGCGAUUGAUUACAUAGUUUCGGAGAGAAGUGAUGUGUUCAUGGCUUCUCAUGGUGGGAAUAUGGGACAUGCUAUUCAGGGGCAGAGGGCCUAUGCAGGGCACAAGAAGACUAUAAUCCCUAACAAAAGACAGAUGCUGAAAUAUUUCAUGGAUUCUUCUCUUGGUGAGGAUGAGUUCAACAGCAUCAUCCAAGACUUGCACCGCGAUUCACUGGGGCAGCCGGAGCUCAGGACUAGCAAGGCCGGGAGGGACGUCACCAAAUAUCCUAUCCCGGAAUGCAUGUGCAAUGCCACACUCACUCAUUUGACACAAUAAGAUGACUAUUGGAGGUUGUGUAGUGUAGGAAGAUCAACUCGACUAAUGUCAUAUGGCGCGAUCCUCAAACUUCACGCUCAACACACAGGACAGGACGCGAGCGUCGCAUUCGGCCAUGGCCGAUUCUGCUGCGUUGUGAAUGGUAUAAGUGGAAUAAGCUAUAUAUUAGCUACAUGGAGUCUCUCCCUUGUGAAGUUAUCAUCUCUUGUCAAUACAGUUUUGAGUGAGGAGCAUGUAUAGUAAUAGGGAAGCAUAUAUGUAUUCUUUUCUAUUUUUAUUUUAUUUUAUUUAUUUAUUUAUUCUUUAUGUUGUAUUAAGAGAUCUUGUUGUGGACAUGUACACAUAUACUGAUAUACUGAUAAAUUGAAUUGUUACAAUUCCUGAUA